UCUUAAAUGAGAGCCAGCUGGCGGCCCUGAGCUACCUGCAACUGGGGGCUCCUCUGGAGACGGCAGCCUGUCAGCUAUGGCUCAAGAAUUUGUGAACAGCAGAAUCCAGCCUGGGAAGGUGGUGGUGUUCAUCAAACCUACCUGCCCCUACUGCAGGAGGACCCAAGAGAUUCUCAGUCAACUGCCCCUCAAACAGGGAAUUAUGGAAUUUGUCGAUAUCACAGCCACCAGCUACACAGAUGAGAUUCAAGAUUAUUUGCAACGGCUCACAGGAGCAAGAACAGUGCCCCGAGUCUUCAUUGGUAAAGAAUGUAUAGGUGGAUGCAGUGACCUCAUAACCAUGCAAGAAAGUGGGGAGCUGGUGCCUCGACUCAGGCAGAUUGGAGCUCUGCAGUAAUCACAGAGCAGGACCCAGCUGACAUCCCCCUCCAGAGCUGAACAGCAUCACAGAGGAUGGCAGCACUUCUGACGGAUGGGAUCUGACACAAACAGCUUUUUUCUUUUUUUUGGCUCAGUAUUAAAAAGUGGACCAACCUGCCCCUAACCACAGGGCCAAAAAGGUUGACGGGCCAUCUUGGUUUUCUUCUGCUUUGGUCCUUUGGGUUCCAGGAGAUGGCAACAAUUCCUGGCCCAAGAUUCACUCGCUGACCCAAGCUUUGUUCUUUCUCCUUGGCAUGUGUUUCUUGCUGUCCUGCGUGCUGGUGAACCUCCCCCUGUUAGACAGUGUUUCUCAGACACCUUUGUCCAGACCUGCCCGGCACAGACCUGCACUUGGAUUUCUGCCACUGCCCAUCAGCUGGAACUAUUUUGCUGAGCUUGACUUUAUGGAGUCUGUGUUAUGAAAUUGGGGAGGGAGUUAUUUUGAAUUUGUUCUUUCAAACUACAUGCGUCCCUCCACCCACCUUGAGAAUUAAGGCCCUGAACCAGUGUUCGAGACCUGGCCCUCUCAAAGUUCUGAGGAAACGCCCCGCUGUUGUGGGAAAGGUCUGGGACCACGUGUGAGGCCAUGCAGAGUGAAGCAGGGUUGGGUUUCACUGGUACCUCGGGGCCAGAGGUGCCAGCACAAGGGCUGCGGUCACAGGGCCACCGUUGGUGGAAGGUAGUUAUCCAGGCAGGUGACCCUGAGCCACCAUGUGCUAAUUUAGAUCACCAGCAAGAUGCAAACAGAAGGUGUAGGCCGUUAUCAUGGAAAACUUGCAGCCGCCCCUCCCAGUAGGUCUGUGUAGAGCAAAUGUGGAAGACACUGUCCUGACGAGUCUUCUCCCUGCCCUUUCCCUGCCCUGUAAUUACUUUUCAGGAAGUUUGUUCUAAAGCUGAAAGAGUAAGUUCUUUUCCUUUAGCAGUCUCUAGUGAAAAUUGUCAAUUCCUAAUAAAGUACCAAUAGACGACACAAA